GUUUUAACGUUCUCUCCACUCCCAAACUCUCAACUUAUAGCAGAAACCCUCUUUACCUACUCAUCCCUCAGCAGCUGUUGGCGCCCUCAUCCGCCGUUCCGUAACUUCCGUUGCUGCCGUUACCGUCAAAAAUCUAAGGGUAGAAGAACCCAAUAAAUCAUUUGACAUGGGUAGUACUGAUGAGAAAGCUAGGGAAGAAGAGAAUAAGAAGAUGGAAGCUCCCAAAGUGGCGCCUUUUGAUCUUAAUGAUUUUACAAUAAUCAAAGAAGGGGAGGCCGAGAUUUUAAUGCACGCCAAAAAUGAAGUCUUUUUCAAUAAAACUCAGGUUAACAAUCGAGAUAUGUCUAUUGCUGUUUUGAGGACAUUUAUAUCGAAAUACAAACUAGAGCAUGAAGCGCUGUCAUCCAAAAGAUUGAAAACAGGACCAAAAGCUUCAGAUGUGUCCACCAUUGAGGUGGAAGCUACCAUGGAUUCCAUAACUCAUAAUGAGAAUUCCAAUGGUGAUUGUCAUGUCUCAAAAGAAAUAUCCCAAGAUGAAACCAGCAGCAUUGUGGAAUAUCAAUCCUCAAACCAAGAGGGAAAGGGCCAAGGAGAACUGAAGCCACCACGAGUUCUGGAGGCCUUGUCGGCUUCUGGGCUCAGAGCUUUAAGAUAUGCACGUGAGGUUGAUGGGAUUGGUCAAGUUGUGGCCUUGGACAACGAUAAAGUUUCUGUUGAAGCUUGUAAAAGAAACAUAAAAUUUAAUGGUUCAGUGGCAUGCUCAAAAGUGGAGUCGCACCUUGUUGAUGCUCGUGUUUACAUGCUCACCCAUUCAAAAGAAUUUGAAGUGGUUGAUCUUGACCCUUAUGGUUCUCCAUCUGUUUUUCUGGACUCUGCUGUUCAAUCAGUUGUUGAUGGGGGCAUGUUGAUGUGCACAGCAACUGAUAUGGCUGUCCUUUGUGGGGGUAAUGGGGAGGUCUGCUACUCCAAGUAUGGCUCUUAUCCAUUGAGAGGAAAAUAUUGCCAUGAGAUGGCUUUGAGAAUCCUUCUUGCCUGCAUUGAGGUAUUUUAUCUUAUGAAGUUCUCAAUAUGGUCUGCUCCCAUCCACGAUCAAGAAUGGGUGACUUCCAUUCUAGAAGAUGUCAAAUCCAUGAAAGAUCGUUAUCCUGCUUAUGAACGAAUAUCAGCUGUAUUGACGACGAUUUCAGAGGAAUUGCCUGAUGUUCCUCUAUUUCUGAGUUUGCACAAUCUCUGUGCAACAUUGAAAUGCACAUCUCCGUCUGCAGUUAUGUUUCGCUCUGCCGUUAUCAAUGCUGGAUAUCGUAUAUCUGGAACUCAUGUAAACCCAUUGGGAUUGAAAACAGAUGCUCCUAUGGACGUGAUUUGGGAUAUCAUGCGCUGCUGGGUCAAAAAUCACCCCGUGAAAGCUCAGCCACCCGAUCAGGCUGGAAGUGUUAUACUUGCAAAGGAACCCAUUCUGCAGGCUAAUUUUACAAGAGCUGUAGCGUCUCUUAGCAAGGCACAAGCCAAAAAGGUUGCUCGAUUCCUUCCGAAUCCUGAAAGACAUUGGGGACCAAAGCUCAGGGCCGGUCGUCAGAUCACCAGCAAGCACGCAUCACUUUUGGGUCCUGAGGUGGUAAAUGGAUUAAACAACCAUGAAGAAGUUGAAGAGCCCUCCAAGCGUAAGAAGACGGAAGACCCCACUCCUAAUUCAUCAUAAUAUGCCUGCCUUCAUACAACACCAAUGGUCCACUUGCUCUGCAUUUGCUUUGCAGAGAUAACCAUCUCGAACUGAGCAAUGGUUCAUGUUCUAUUCAAUCGUGAGAGAGACCCAACACGAUUAACAUUAUUCUCUUGCAUGCCAAGGAGUCUUGACAGAGCAAUUCCAAUUUUGUUUAAAUUUUAUGAUUCUGUUUCACGUCUCGUUUUGAACAAUUACUUUCUUUUAUGAAAAGGAAAUAGUAGAAAACCGAGAACUCCACUAGUAAUGAUACAUGUAUUUGCGUAUUUCUGUGGACAGGCUAUGAUCAUAUAUCGCCCUUAAUGAAUGCAGAUUAUACAGAUUACUGUCUUUA